AGGUGAUUGGUCGGUUGUUUUCUCCCGAAGGUCACUGAAAUUUCUAGUAUGUUCUACGAGGAUAGGAUUUAAGAGGGCGUUCAGCUUGUUGUUGCAUUGAUUGUGUGAUUCGACUGAGUGUAUUUGUUCGUCUUGGCCUAACAGAGAAUGCCUAACGCCAUUGGAAUCGAUCUUGGCACAACAUAUUCGUGUGUUGGUGUUUUCCAGCAUGGUAAAGUGGAAAUAAUCGCCAACGACCAGGGUAACAGAACGACACCGAGUUAUGUGGCAUUCACAGACAAUGAGCGUUUGAUUGGUGAUGCAGCGUUGAACCAAGUGGCGAUUAACCCAACAAAUACAGUGUUUGAUGCGAAGCGGCUAAUCGGUCGUCGGUUCGAUGAUCCAUCAGUGCAGAGUGAUAUGAAGCACUGGCCAUUCGAGGUGACCCAAGUCGGUGGGAAGCCGAAGAUUUGUGUUACGUAUAAGGGUGAGAAAAAGACGUUCGCCGCUGAGGAGGUUUCGUCGAUGGUGCUGGUGAAAAUGAAGGAAGUAGCUGAAAGUUAUUUGGGCAGGACGGUGAGUGAUGCAGUUAUAACAGUUCCUGCUUACUUCAAUGACAGUCAGCGUCAAGCAACGAAAGAUGCAGGUGCUAUAGCUGGUCUUAAUGUGCUGAGAAUCAUUAACGAACCAACAGCUGCCGCAAUUGCCUAUGGUUUAGACAAGAAGGUUGGUGGUGAGCGUAAUGUGUUGAUAUUUGAUUUGGGUGGAGGUACAUUUGAUGUGUCUCUGUUGACAAUUGAGGAUGGGAUAUUUGAGGUGAAGUCUACUGCUGGCGAUACGCACUUGGGGGGUGAAGAUUUUGACAAUCGUAUGGUGAAUCACUUUAUACAGGAGUUCAAGCGGAAACACAAGAAAGAUAUCAGUGAAAAUAAGCGUGCAGUGCGUCGUCUGAGAACGGCGUGUGAACGUGCGAAGCGUACAUUAAGUUCAAGCACCCAAACGAACGUGGAGAUCGACUCAUUGUACGAUGGUAUUGACUUUUACACAACGAUUACUCGUGCACGAUUUGAGGAAUUGUGUUCCGAUCUGUUCCAGGCUACAUUGGAGCCUGUUUCGAAGUCUCUAAAAGAUGCUAAGGUCGAUAAGGGUCAAGUUCAUGAGAUAGUGUUGGUUGGUGGUUCCACUCGCAUCCCUAAGGUGCAGAAGCUGUUGCAGGACUACUUCAACGGGAAGGAGUUGAACAAGUCUAUUAAUCCGGAUGAAGCAGUGGCUUAUGGUGCAGCAGUGCAGGCAGCUAUUCUGAGUGGUGACAAGUCUGAGGCUGUGCAGGACUUGCUGUUACUUGACGUGGCUCCAUUGUCACUGGGUCUUGAGACAGCUGGAGGUGUGAUGACGGCUUUGAUUAAGCGCAACACGACAAUCCCGACGAAGCAGACUCAAACGUUCACGACGUACUCGGACAACCAGCCCGGUGUGCUUAUCCAGGUGUUCGAGGGCGAACGCGCGCUGACAAAAGACAACAAUUUGCUUGGCAAGUUCGAACUGUCAGGUAUCCCACCCGCUCCUCGUGGUGUUCCACAGAUCGAAGUGACGUUUGAUAUAGACGCAAACGGUAUUCUGAACGUUUCUGCCGUCGACAAGAGCACUGGGAAGGAAGGCAAGAUAACGAUCACAAAUGACAAGGGUCGUUUGACAAAGGAGGAGAUUGAGCGGAUGGUUGCUGAUGCAGAGUUGUACAAGGUUGAGGAUGAGAAACAGAAGAACCGCGUUUCUGCAAAGAACUCGUUUGAGAGUUAUGUGUAUGCAAUGAAACAGCGAGUGGAGGGUGAUGAGUUGAAAGGCAAGAUAUCUGAAAGUGAUCGUAAGACGAUAUUGAACGCGUGUGGGGAAGCAAUUAAUUGGCUGGACAACAAUCAGUUGGCGGAGAAGGACGAGUUUGAUUACCAUCAGAAGGAGUUGGAGAAGGUUUGUGCGCCGAUAAUUACGAAGAUGUAUCAGGAUGGUGGUAUGCCAGGAGGCAUGCCUGAAGCAGGUGGUGCGGGUGGUGGAAGUGGUAAGGGACCAACCAUUGAGGAGGUCGACUAGCCUGUAUUUGUUGCAAUUGAUUAAUUACUAUUUGAAUAAAUUUCGAUUUUAUCUAUAAUGAGUCGUGACUUUUGGUUUUUUCUGGUUGUCGGGUGUUUGACACAGGGUGAACGUUUAGUUGCUUGGGAGUAGUGAAUAUCGUGGCGUAGUGUCUCGUGGCUCAGCGUAGGGCAGUGAGUGGUGUCCGUUCGGUUUCAUAGUUGGUGUUAGUGAAGACUUAGUGAGUGGGCUGUUGUGGAUUUGGGUGUGGCGUUUAUGUUGUGGGCUGGACUGUGGUUCGUGGAGUACUUAGAUGUAAUUGUGUGUAUGUUGGGAUGAGGUUUGGCCAGUGCGACCUUAGGUGCGCGAUUAGGCGAUGCUGUGCAACUGUCCAGGUUAGUUUGCCCAUGAGAAGUGAGUAUUGUCUGACGAGUGGUUUGCGUCGACACGUAGCCCAAUCACAAGUUGGACAAGACCUAAUGUGUUUGCUCGGUGUAGUUGUGAAGCACUAUUUCGUUUGUGUCAGUAGAUAUUCCGAGAUGUUUGUUGGUGUGGUUUGUGAAUCGAUCGAGAGUACUGUUUCUGUGAUGUUGUUGAGAUUGCUGAGUAGUUUGUCCAGCAGAGGUAACUUGUACCUGUGGCUGUGAGUGCAUUUGCUUGAGGACUCGAUCUAUGACUCAGUUAAGUGGGAUGAGUCUUCCUGAGACUGUAGAGGUUCAGUUGGAUAAGUUGACCGGCCUGCAACUGUCAGUUGGUUGGAAUGUAGUAUAGGUGAGGUUGACGAUGCACGUGUUUUGCGCAGUAGUCUAUGUUGGCGGAUCUAGGAUGAUGAGAUGUAGCAAACGGCCUUUCGGUUGUUAGGAGUGUUUAUAUUUCACCGAGUUAGACGAUCACGGUGUGUGGAGCAACGAAUUGUCGACCACUUGAGUAGUCUUACAUGUAGAGGUGGAUCUAUUGUAAGGUAUGUGUGCGCAACAACCGAAACGAGAGUGGCUGUUAACGGGACUGUUUCGGAAAACUGUGGGACUGUCAUUCACUAUGAGUCCACAAGAUUGAGCAGAUGGACAGAACAGUCUACUUACUUACUUACUUACUUACUUA